GUCAAAAAAGAUGUCAAUAUCUGAAAUAUUGUAUUCAAAAGUAGUAAAAAGUUAGGAAGUUAUGAGGCAAUGGGAUCCAAAGAAAUGCCUCUCUCUUUGCUAACUUCCAAAAUCCAUGAAUACUAAAACCCUCCUUUAUUUUCUUCACCUUUUUUUUUUUUUUUUCUUUCACUCUAUAAAUACAUAUCUAAAUAAACCCAUUUCACCUCCUCGUUACACCUCUCCUUUCAUAUCAAUUUAACUCUUUUUCUAUCUAUUUUUUUGCCAUUCCUUCUCUCUUUCGUUCCCCUCUUGCAAGCUCUUAAUUUGACUCUGUCGAGAUUUUUCAAGAUUCUACAAGAAACAGCAGACAGAAGAGGAAGACGACAUUAAAGAUGAAAUGUAACCUUACUGGUUAAGAGGCCUUAGAUCAGUCGCAUGAAAGAUUGGCAAGAUUUUAUACAAUAUAUAAUGUAAGGAAUUCAGGAAGUGACUAGUGAAGCUCUGACAAGUUUUAUCAACUCAGGCGGCCUAUUUAUAUCAGUGUUUCUCAGUACGUAGGUAUGUUCAAGAAAAAUAUCGCAAAGUUGAAUCAGGCCAUGUGUUUUCAAAGAUGUUCUUCCAAUAAACAAAAAUCGCAAUCUGGUGAUAAUAUAAAAAAAGCAAGCAAUCGUAUAACUGGUGGAUGUAGUCCAAGAGAUGCAAAUUAUAACUCAUGGGUGGUGGAACACCCUUCUGCCUUGAGUCUAUUUGAUCAGAUGAUGAAAGCAGCAAAGGGGAAGAAGAUCGUCGUGUUUCUAGAUUACGACGGUACUCUCUCACCAAUUGUAGAUAAUCCUGAUCUUGCCUUCAUGUCUGAUGAGAUGCGAGCAGCUGUACGUGAAGUUGCAAAAUAUUUUCCAACAGCUAUAAUUAGUGGUAGGAGCAGAGACAAGGUAAAAGAAUUUGUGAAGUUAAGUAAUGUAUACUACGCAGGAAGCCAUGGCAUGGACAUCAUGGCACCACCAAGGCCAGUUAAGUCCUGCGAUGGGAAGUACAAUACCAUCACCCUUAAUAAAAAGGGAAAUGAAGUUCUCUUUCAACCCGCUAAGAAGUUUUUGCCUGCGAUGCAGAAGAUACUGACAGCGUUGAAAGAGAAAGUCAAGAAAAUACAAGGUGCCAGGGUAGAGGAUAAUAGGUUUUGUGUCUCUGUACAUUUUCGACAGGUUAGAGAAGAGGACUACGGAAAAUUAGAAGAGAAGGUGAAGUCGGUUCUUGAACAUUAUCCGGAGUUUCAUUUAAAUUGGGGUAAAAAGGUAAUGGAAAUUCGACCAUCAAUAGAGUGGGACAAAGGUCAUGCCCUGGAAUAUUUACUUGACACCCUAGGCUUAAGCAACUCCAACGAUGUUCUCCCAGUCUAUAUUGGAGAUGAUCGGACUGACGAAGAUGCUUUCCAGGUAAUACAAAGAAGGGGACAAGGCUUUCCAAUAAUUGUAACUUCCAGUCCAAAGGAUACUAAAGCUUCAUACUCCUUGAGUAACCCAUCGGAAGUGUUAACUUUCUUGCUACGUCUAGCAAGGUGGAGGAAGUCUUCCACUUCAAGCAGGUCACUAACCCAAAUCUGGGGGGUAGGUAACUGAAACCGAGUCUUUCUUGUACCGCAGAGUCAAAGUUAGAGGAACAAAUAGAAAAAGGUCUAUAGAUAGAAAUAAUGGGAAAGGGAGACUGUGGAAGAGAUAUGAGUCUUUUAGUGUUGUAUGCUUCCCGCUCCUGAUUCAGCAACCAAAUUUGACACACAAUGUAUGUAAAUAAGUUUUCCAUAAGGCUAAAAGAAUGCAGCUUUGUCC